CGGCGUUGUGUGUUUGGGGAGGAGAAGGGGUGAAACUUCCGUCGGUCCGUGGCUGAUACGCUUUUUGGUACCUGAGAUGGGGGUUGUGGUGAUUGGGAGGUUGGAGAUGGGUGUUUUUUUUUUAUUUUAUUUUGUUCUUUAAUUUUUAUUUUGAUUUGGUUUGUACUCCUGGGCCUUUUUUCCGUUUCUACAUGUAGAUAUUCCGUGGCAGGGGUUGUGUGUGGACUUGGCCUUGGGUAUAAAUAGCUUGGAGCUGGUCGUGUGCUUGUGGUUGAUUGUCCAUAGAUUCUUCACUGUACUAUUACUACUACUCUCAUUACAGAAUAUCUCGAUUUUCAUCAUGAGAUCCGUCCUUCUGCCGCUGUCCCUUCUUCCCGGCGUCCUGGGUGCCACCAUCUAUCUGGCUGGGGACUCGACCAUGGCUGCAAACGGCGGCGGAUCAGGCACCGACGGGUGGGGAAGUUAUGUCGACGACGUAUCUGUCACCGUCUCCAACAAAGCGAUCGGCGGCCGUAGCGCCCGCUCCUAUACCCGCGAAGGCCGCUUCGAUGCCAUCGCCGACGUCCUGCAAGAAGGUGACUACGUGGUGAUUGAGUUCGGACACAACGACGGGGGCUCGUUGAGCACCGACAACGGUCGCACCGACUGCCCCGGGACGGGCUCGGAGACGUGUGAGACCGUCUACGACGGCCAAGCGGAAACCGUCCUCACGUUCCCAGCAUACUUGGAGAACGCGUCCAAGACCUUCGUGGGCAAAGGAGCCAAGGUCCUUAUCUCCAGCCAGACCCCGAACAAUGUCUGGGAGACGGGCGAGUAUGUCUAUUCGCCGUCUCGCUUUGUCGAGUACGCUCGGUUGGCGGCCGAAACGGCGGGCGUGGACUAUGUGGACCACGGCGCUUACGUGGCCGCCCGGUAUGAGGCACUAGGGGCGGACACGGUCAACUCCUACUACCCCAAUGACCACACCCAUACCAGCCCGGAAGGGGCGCAGGUCGUGGCGGAUGCGUUCCUGAAAGCGGUGGCAUGCAGCAAUGUCGCGCUCAAGGAUGUCUUGACCAGUACGGAUUUCCCGGGCGACUGUCUGUAGAUGGUAAUGCUUGUGGCGAAAUAGUGGAUUGGCAGGGAAUAUGCUAUAGCGUAUUAUGUAUAUAGUUCUCGAUACCCACGCUUCCAAAUGACAAUUUG